AGCGACUAAACGUUCGCGUUUAUUAUACACGUCAUUUGUUUUCGUGAAAUUUAUUAUUUGUGAGUUUGUGACUAAUCGAAGAAAGGAACUGAAACGAGUCAUCAAAAGACCAACACCCAGCUACACUGAGUCGCAUUUAACGAUGGGGUUGAAUAUUUCACCGAUGCCACCCCCUCACGGAAACUGUGGUCCGCAUUGCGGUACUUACUGCGCGCCGCACUGUUACCACCGCCGACCGCCACCGCCGCCGCCGUUUCACCACCAUCCACCACCGCCGUUUCACCAUCACCCGCCACCGCCGCCACAUCACCUGCCACCCCCGCAUCACCACCACCCGCCGCCACCGCCAUUCCACCCUGGACCUCACCUGCCUCAUCAUCACGGACCGCCGCCGCCGCACUGGCGAUAGACUGUUUUGAAAAGAUCUUGAGGCUGUGAUAAAUUAUUAAUUGUUAAUUGUAAGGAUCUGGAUGCACCGUGAUUUUAUACUGUUUUAUCGUGCUUCUUGAAUAUUGAAGCUGAUGUGAUUUCUGGUUUUACGUUGUUUUAUUAAAGUAUUUUACAUAAAA